AUGAAAAUAAGUGACAUACUGAGUGAUGCUGCAGAAAUGAAACUGGAAGCAUGUCUACUACUAUUAGUGAAUACGAUGACGUACGGCUUAAAGCGAGGGCCACAUCACCCGCACGGACAAAUCCCAGUUGACCAGAAGCACCACCAUUACAAGCCGAGAGGCUCUGAAUCAUUAACUGCAGACGCUCAACUCUUACAUGACACUAAACAUAUAGAAGAAGAUUCGGAAGGAUUGACUGCAGAAGCAUUGUCGAAAAUGACGCCUGAAGAAUUAGAGUUCCAUUACUUCUCCGCUCACGAUUUUGACAAAAACUCUUUGCUCGACGGCUUAGAGUUAUUGAAGGCAGUAUAUCACACUAUAGAACAUGAAGCUGACGACCCAGAUGCUGAUUCGUCUAUAGAACCGGAGGCGAAUGAUCUUGAUGCUUAUAUUGCAUUGGUCGACCGAACUUUAGAGUCGGAUGACAGAGACGGUGAUGGUUAUGUAUCAUACGCUGAAUAUCGAGCCGCAAGAGCAAGCAAUCCAGCGGAACGAACACCUCGAGUUCUUGCGUCUAAUAUACCAUAA